AAAUCGGAAAAGAGCGCGAUCUCGUUUAAAAAGCUUCAUAGCUUCGUUGGACGUUUUUUGGCAAAACUUAGUUUAAGCAUUUUGAAAUAUUCAGUUGUAGUUUUAUUGUGGCGGGGGAAAGCCCGCAAGAGCAAACGCCGUGCGGCAGCGGGUCUGCUGCACUUUUUAUGACGAUGAGCCUCUCGGAUACGCGGUGCGGUGCGUUCAUUGCCUACGCAAAGUACGAGCUACAAAGACGGUCAUUAGGGAUUAUCGAGGGCGAGGCGCACUCCGAACCAUUAACGCAUACCUGGAUAUCGGCAGAGCUCCAGAGCUCCUCAGCUGCGAUCAGCCGCAGGGCCGCGUCAGCGAUCAGGUAUUGUAAAUCCUUCAGCGGAGGACAGCGUGCCAACUGCAGUUAGUUCUUUCCGAAUCGAGGAAGCGAGCAGUCGCCCGGUCGGAGGCUUCGCUGCAAUAGUUAUUUGAAAUAUUGAACGAGCUUGCACUUAUACUUUCCCUACUCUUCCCUACUUUCCGCACAAGAAACGUCUUCGAGUCUACGCAACGCACAUAAUCUUUUCAACUAAGCACGGCAUUAAUCAUGCUAAAUAACAAAUGCGAGAAAAGUGGCGAUUCACUAUACAAACACUAUUCACUACGCAAACACGCGACGCUCGCACAGGCCGAUAUCAGGGGAAAACUGCGCGGACGAGCAGUCAGUGCGCCUCCGACCGUCGCGGAUGCUGCAGUCAUUCCGGCCUACUAUUCUCUCGCGAUGGCCGUGCUGACGUCGGACUGGUGCCUGGAGGCGGCGAUUUGCGCGUCCGCUCUGCUGCUGGGCCUCUGCCUGCACGCGAGGAGGAAACACGACUACUGGAGAAAGCGAGGCGUGAAGUACGCGGAGCCGAGGUUCCUCUUCGGGAACGUGGCGGCCUGCCUGCUCGGGAAGAAGUCGCCGCACGACUUGAUCCGCGAGACGUACGAGAAGGGCGCGGGAGAGAAGGUCAUCGGACUGUACGUCUUCGACAAGCCGUACCUCAUACUGCGCGAUCCGGAGCUGAUCAAGUACGUCUUCAUCAAGGACUUCGGCAACUUCUCCAACAAGGUCCUGUGCGGCAAGCACACCGACGUCAUGAGCGCCGCCAACCUCUUCCUGGUGAACAACCCGCCCUGGAAGUACAUCAGGACGAAGAUCUCGCCGAUUUUCACCUCGGGAAAGCUCAAGAAGAUGUACGAGCUCAUGAUGGAGAUCUGCGUCGACCUGCAGGAUCACCUCGACAAGUUCGACAUCGACGAAAAAGUUGGAAAGCCGCUCGAAAUCAAGGAAAUCUGCUCGAGAUUCACGACCGAUCUGAUCGGCGCAACGGCGUACGGUCUGCAGCUGAACUCGCUGAAGGAUCCGGAUGCCAUCUUCCGCAAGAACGGCCGACAGGUCUUCAGAAGCAGCUUCAAGCGCUACCUGCAGUUGCUGGCUCUCUUCUUCAUACCUUCGCUUCGGCCCUACACCAACGCCAAGUUCUUCGAUGAAAAAGCAACCGAGUUUUUGCGCAACACCUUUGGGGAUGUGAUAAACCGGCGUAUGGAGUCCGGUGACAAGAGGGCAGACUUGGUGGACAUGCUGAUCGAAAUCAAGAAAAAGCAGGACAGGGACCCCAACGCUCAUUACAAAUUGGAAGGCGAUGCCUUGAUCGCUCAAGCAGCAGUAUUUUUCACUGGUGGCUUUGAGACGUCUUCGACGACGAUGUCUUUCGCUCUGUACGCACUGGCCAGGCAUCCCGAGAUUCAAGCGAAAUUGAGAACCGAGAUUUUGAACGCUCUGGAAACGCCUGGAGGACAGAUGUCUUACGAAAAGCUGAUGUCGCUACCUUAUCUGAAUAUGGUCGUCAAUGAGGCAUUGAGGUUGUAUCCUGUUCUUCCUUGGAUCGAUCGAAUUCCAGAAACGGACUACACGUUUCCCGGGACGAAUAUAACCGUCGAGAAGGGUGUUCCGUUAAUUUUGCCAAUGAGGACCCUGCAUCUGGACCCGGACUACUUUCCAGAUCCAGAUAAAUUCAUUCCUGAGCGAUUUUCCGAGGAGAACAAGAAGAAUAUCGUUCCGUGCACGUUCUUUCCAUUUGGCGAAGGACCACGCAAUUGCAUAGGUCUUCGAUUAGGUAUCAUUCAAUCGAAGCUUGGCAUAGUAAAUUUCCUCUCAAGAUAUGAACUGUCAAUUUGUAAGGAAACUGACUUCAAAAUAGAUCACAUGCACGUUUUAACACAAGCAAAAGGUGGCAUUUGUUUGAAUUUUAGAAAACUUCCGGCUUAAACUUAUUACUCAGAAAAAUAAUGUCAACCUGUGUAUAUAUGUUAUAAAUAGUUAAAUUUACUUAUAUGUUUAAAAAAAUUAUAAAACGAUUAGUUUAUGUAAGUUAUACCUAAUGUUUGACUAAACUAAAAUUGCACCAUCAUCAAUGCUGUUUCUUAUUCUUUACAGUAAAGAGGUAUUCAAGCUUUGCGAUAAAAAAAGCUUUCGGUUUUAUUGAAACACCUUAGAAAUAUCGGGGAAAUAUUAUACUUUUAUUACCAUAGCUAUUUGUUAUGUUCCUAAUUUUAAAAAUGCAUUCUUUAAAAUAAUUAAUAAAUUAUAAUAAUACGCACUACGAUAAUAAUGACUGUAUACCUACAUCAUCAAAUUAUGUACGACGAUUAAUAGGCGUCAAAAAUGUGUAUUGUACAGCUUUUAAAAUUAAUGGGGGUGCAGAUAUUAUGGGUUAUACAUUUUUAUUAUCCUAAAUAGUCUCUUGUUCAUACUGAAUUUUUUCGCUUACAAUUCAAUAUUUCUUACAGAGAGUAAAAUUGAUGAAUAUAGGUACUCAUUAUAUCGUGUGCCAUGUCAUUUGAAAUAAUAAUCGAGCUACUUCCCGCGUAGAUAUUUUAAGUAUAGGUAUAGCAAAGUCGUGUGCAAUUUGCAAUUGAAUUGUAGGCUUAGGUAAAUGAGUAAGUACAUAUAUAUUACGUUUCAUUAUUCAAAUAUUUUUAGUGUACCCGAUUGGAAAACAUAUACUAGCUUAUAGCUUUAGAUUAUUCCUUGUCAUGUGGUUAUCUAAUAUUCGUUUGCUAGUGUCUGUUUGAAUAUAAAAAUGGGCUUGCAAAUUUCCAUGUUCAUCAGUGUUGGCUGGAAAAUAGAGAAGAAUUCAAGUAGCACUUUUUUGGGCUGCAUUAUACCAUAUUUUCCUGCGGUUUCAAAAAAAGUUGGUGUAUAAUUUGAGGCACUAAGCGCAUCUUUCCUGAUGUAGAGUGAUAUAUAGUUGCACAAAUCAAUUUAUAGAAGCGGUCACAUUUGUCUUACAUAAUGUUUAGUAAAGACUAUUAUACUAUACGGAGGAUUAUUUUUA